UUCACCUCAAAGCCCGCAUACUUCCUCCAACAAGGCCACACACCCAAAUCUCCCCAAACAGCAUCAACAACUGGGAGCCGAGUACUCAAAUUCCCAAGACUAUUGGGGCCAUUUCUCAUUCAAACCAUCUCUGCUAUGUAGCCUGCCAUUUCCAGGUCACAGGUCGUCACUGAGGAAACGGAAGGCAGAAACCAAGAAGCAGUCCUGAUGGCUAUUCCACACAGCAUUACCUCCACCGAAGGGAGGAGACUCACUUUGCAGCCAAAAGAACUGUGGCAGGAACCAUGGAGGACAUUGUUUGCUGGUUUAUGUUGUUAGCUUUCUUAUACAGAUCCCUUGUCGAGGCCUCAGGCCCAGCUGCACCCUCUCACCCUCCUCCUGAGCUCUUCCUCAUACAUCCUCUCGAGAGUGUGAACCCCAGCAUCGAGUCUCAGCCUCUCCCAGCUGUGACCCCAGGCCCGCCUCCCUCAGUGAUCGAAGCUUGACUGGCGGUGCUGUUACUUCCUAUCAUGCUGUUUUGAUCAAGCUGUUUCAGAGGCACAGUGGUCUUUCUUAUACAAAGGGGACAAGGAGACGAUGACGGAGUCUCUGGUGAUGGUUGUGAGGAAUUCUCCAGAUGUUCUUUGCGACAGGCAGCUUCAUCAACUCUGCCCUCCAGCUGGUGAGCAACAGCAAGACCUUCUAUCAGGUGGAGGAGCCACGGACCUGGAAAGAGGCCAUGUUCUACUUCCAGGAGCGUUACACAGACCUCGCCGACCUGCAGAGCGUGAACAGCCCAGUGAGCAUCAUGGUGGUCUACUCCUACCUCAGCAGUACCCAGGCAUGGAUCGGCCUCUUCUAUGAUGUGCGCAUCUCUGGCCUGAGCUGGUCUAGUGGUUCCAUCUUUACCACCCCGACAUGGAGUACGCUGCCUGUCUUCCAAGAUGGCAUCUGUGCUACUGUGUAUUCCUGGACCUCGGUCCCUGCCCUAGGGGCUGCCACCUGCACAGCUCAGAAGCCCUUCAUUUGCUAUUAUGACCCUGCUGUAGGACACCGCAGAUCCUCAGGGUCCACUAUUAAAGAACUGACCACUCUUCCAGAAGAAGCUGAGGUCAAGAUUGGUGGACAGACCUUCAUUCGGAUUGAGAAAACCAUGUCAUGGUUCUCAGCGCGGACCUACUGUCGCAACCACUACACAGACCUGGCCAAUCUGCAGAGAGUGACUGAUGAGGAGGGCAAAGAAACCAUCCAGUCCAUCACAAAUGAUGUCGAUGCCUGGAUUGGCCUCUACUUUGACACGACGCUCAAUAAUCUGACCUGGUCCAGUGGCUUGGGUUCCAGCAUCCCCAAGUGGCUUCAGAAACUACCCUUGUUUGGACAAGGACUGUGUGCAGGACUCCGUGUCUUUUCCAAUGGCCCACCGCAGAUUUAUGCACUCCUUUGCCAUGAGCUGAAGCCUUUUAUCUGUUUCUAUGACCCCUCGACAGAGAGGCCUCCACUCAUUGACACUUCCUCCCUCAAAGUGACUCACCCCUCCAAAGUUACUGCAAGGACAACCUCUAGGCCAAACACAGGGACCAGCACGGACCCCACAGAGGCCACCCGAGCACUGGCUUCAGCAACUUGGAUCUCGCAGCGAGUGAGUCAUGAACCAACUGAGGUCAGCUCUGGCACCUGUGGCUUCAGCCCCUGUGAGACCACCACUCCUACCUCCAGCACCGUGGGCCUCACAGCUCUCCAAACUCAGGAGAAGGUUUCAAUAAUUCCUCCAGCAACAUCAGCACCUACAGCAGCUGUGACCAGCAUAGAGGAUGAUACACAUACAGGAGAUACAGCUACUGCCACCCAGGCCCAACACACAAGCUCAGCUAAGCACCCAGAGUCUAAAGAGAAACCAGCAGCAGACUUGGAGCACUCCUUUGGAAUCUUGAAAGCAGAUUUUACCAUCUCAUCACUGAGUGAUCCAGAAGAGAUGAAAGACCAACUUUUGAGUGAGGAAUAUCAAUAAAAGACCUCAAACGUAUCUAUAUCUGUACAUGUACAAGAACCGUCAAAAAUUAUUCACAGAACAAAAAUAAAUCUUUUUUAGAACCCAGGUAAUGAAAUGCAGAUAUGGAUCACAUAUGGAACAAUCUUGAGUGCUACAAAGCACAAAAAUAUGGCUUUAAAAAUAAAAUAAAAUCUUGGGUUUUGUUUUUCUAA